AUGGCAAUGGCAGUACAAGAACGAAUUAUUCCUUCAUCAAAUACUCUCGUGAAAUAUGAUAAUCCUAUAUUAGUAAUAAAACAUCCAGAGAAAUCGUCAAAAGAUACUACGCGUGGAAAAAUAAAAUCUGCUUGUAAAGCUAAAUCACCACUUCCACUAACAGCGGAUGGUAGGAAAGAAACUCUAGAAGUACUUAAUAGUAUUUUACCACCUAAAGAAUGGGAGGAGGAUGGUCAGAUAUGGACCCAACAUGUUUCCAGUACUCCUGCUACAAGAUUGGAUGUUAUUAAUUUACAAGAACAAUUAGACAUGAGAUUACAACAACGACAAGCUAGAGAAACUGGAAUUUGUCCAGUAAGAAGAGAACUAUAUUCUCAAUGUUUUGAUGAAAUCAUAAGACAAGUAACGAUUAACUGUGCUGAGCGUGGAUUACUUUUGCUUCGAGUAAGGGACGAAAUUAAAAUGACUAUGACUGCUUAUCAAACUCUUUAUCAAAGUAGUAUUGCAUUUGGAAUACGAAAAGCAUUACAGGCGGAAGAAGGCAAAGAAGAUUUAAUUACUACAGCAGAAGAAUUGAAAGCUCAAAAAAUUGAACUCGAAAAAGCAGUAGCUCAGUUGCAACAAAAGUUUGAACAGGCUGAAAGAAGAUCAACAGAACUCCGAGAUGCUGAACAAAAAAAGCAUUCUGAGGAAAUUGAAUUUCUAAAAAAAACUAAUCAACAACUAAAAACUCAGUUAGAGGGAAUAAUUGCUCCAAAAAAAUAAAAAAAGAGAGAGAUAAAUUUAAAAAGAAUAUUGAAGAAGAUAAUAAAUAAAAUUAACAUAUACUUUAUAUUUGUUCAUAUGAUUGUUUAUCG